AUGAAUAAGAAUACCCGAACAUUCCUGCUCGAUCGAAAGAUGGGCAAAGAGACAGGCCUUUCAGUUGCAGUAAAAGGGGUGAUCUUUUGUGAAGGCGAUCCUGAUACUACAGCGGUGAUAGAGCUGUGGGAGAAGGAAAUUAUUUUCCACCGAAAGCUGGAUGAAGUCAAAACGAACAGCAGAGGAUUUUAUCAAGUUUCAGGCAGUGCCAAAGAGGCAACUCAAAUCGAUCCACAACUCAGAAUCUUUCACACAUGCAACCAUAACAUGGGUGACUUCAAGGAAAUCCGCAUAGACAUCCCAUCACAAUGCCACCAAUUUUCUAAUCGCUCACAUGGUCGAGAUUAA